CCCCAGCGACAGCGGUGACAAUGGACGUACCCACUCAUUUUCAUGACACAGUCAGUGGUCAAAAUACCAUCGCCGCCCCGCAAGCAUCCCAUGGCGGAUCGAACAACUUCUACUUCUACGGACCCGACGCGCCAGCCGCCGCCCGUAGGCGAAAUCCACCCAACCCUCGCAAGCCAUUCUCGACAGUGCCCUUUCCACCUGAUCCCGACUUUGUCGACCGUCCCGAUAUCCUGAAAUGGAUGCAUGGGAAAUGUGCCAGACCUGCUUCUCGUAUCGCGCUCGUCGGCCUUGGCGGCAUAGGGUAAGUCUAGAGACAGCGCAACUAUAUCGCCCCUCGACUCACGAUCAAAGAAAAUCGCAGCUUGCCAUUCAAUAUGCGCAUCAAAUCCGACAGCGCGCGCUCAACACAUGGGUCUUCUGGGUGCAUGCUAGCACUCGAGGGCGAUUUGAGGAGGCCUACCGGUCGAUCGCGGACAGGCUCGAACUACCCAGGCGGAACGAUCCCGAUGUUAAUAUCUUUCGGCUGGUAAGCGAGUGGCUCCGCGUCGAGGAGAACGGGUCGUGGGAGAUGAUCCUCGAUAACGCCGAUGACGUCGACGUCUUCUUCUCAACUACACAGGAACGACUUGCCUCGUUCUUACCGCAGAACUGUAAUGGAUCCAUCGUCGUUACAUCACGAAACAUGGAUGUAGCAGAAAGAUUGGUAGGCGGUUGGAGUAACAUCCUUACGAUCCCAGCGAUGAAAACCGAGGAAGCAUGCCAACUUCUGCAAGAAAAACUCGAGGUUGGCUACGACGCCGGAGCAGCUACCGAUUUAGUCCGUGCUCUUGACCAUAUGCCUCUUGCCAUUACGCAGGCCGCCGCUUUCAUCAACCGCCGGGCACCGCGAAUGUCCAUACCCACAUACCUAAAUGAGUUCCGGGGGAGCAACAAAAAGAAGGCAAGCAUCCUCAAUAAAGAUGCAGGCGACCUCCGUCGGGAUGAGAGCGCCUCUAACUCGAUCGUCACUACAUGGCAGAUCACCUUCGAACAGAUCCGUCGCGAACGGCCGUCAGCUGCUAACUUACUCUCCUUUAUGAGCUUCUUUAAUCCACAGGGAAUUCCCGAGUCCGCCCUCCAGGCCUACGCACGCGACCACAAGGAAGAUGUUCUUGAGGAUGACCUUGAGACCCUUCGCGGAUACUUAUUAGUGGCGGUAAUGGCUGAUAAAGAAAUAUUCGAAAUGCAUGCUUUGGUGCAAUUUUGUACGCAGGUGUGGCUAUCGUCAUUUAGCAAUAUACAGCGGUGGAAGCGGGAGUUUCUAAAGGUUAUAUCAGACCAAUAUCCAUCAGGGGAGUAUAAAAACUGGCCAGAAUGCAAGAGAUUGGAUCCCCAUAUUGAUAAAAUUCUUAAGGAGGAGCCAAAUAGUACUGAAGAUGUUUUAAGGUGGGCCAGGCUGCUUACCAACGCAGGAUGGUAUCGGUGGAUGAAGGGGAUAUAUGAGGAGGCUGGGGAGAUGAAUCAACUUGCUCUAGAGACAAGGGAGAGGGUACUUGGCAGAGAGCACCCAGAUACGCUUAUGAGUGUCCAUAUUCUUGCAGGGGUGCUGCAAUACCAGGGAAAGUACGAGGAGGCGGAGCAGAUGAAUCGACGAGCUCUCGAGGGGUAUGAGAAGGUGCUCGGCAGAGAGCAUCCAGACACACUCACGAGCAUCAGCAAUCUUGCAUUGUUGCUGCAAUACCAGGGAAAGUACGAGGAGGCGGAGGAGAUGAAUCGACGAGCUCUGGAUGCUUGGGAGAAGGUGCUCGGCAGAGAGCAUCCAGACACGCUCACGAGCAUCAGCAAUCUUGCGUUGGUGCUGCAAUACCAGGGGAAGUACGAGGAGGCGGAGCAGAUGAAUCGACGAGCUCUCGAGGGGUAUGAGAAGGUGCUCGGCAGAGAGCAUCCAGACACGCUCACGAGCAUCAGCAAUCUUGUGUUGGUGCUGCAAUACCACGGAAAGUACGAGGAGGCGGAGCAGAUGAAUCGACGAACUCUGCAUGCAAGGGAGAAGGUGCUCGGCAGAGAGCAUCCGGACACGCUCACGAGCGUCAGCAAUCUUGCGUCGGUGCUGCGAUACCAGGGAAAGUACAAGGAGGCGGAGCAGAUGAAUCGACGAGCUCUCGAGGGGUAUGAGAAGGUGCUCGGCAGAGAGCAUCCUUCUACGCUCACGAGCAUCAGCAAUCUUGCAGAGGUGCUGCGACACCAGGGGAAGUACGAGGAGGCGGAACAGAUGAAUCGACGAGCUCUGGAUGCAAGCGAGAAGGUGCUCGGCAGAGAGCAUCCUUCUACGCUCACGAGCAUCAACAAUCUUGCGUUCGUGCUGCGAUACCAGGGAAAGUACGAGGAGGCGGAGCAGAUGAAUCGACGAGCUCUGGAUGCUCGGGAGAAGGUGCUCGGCAGAGAGCAUCCUUCUACAUUCGCGAGCAUCAACAAUCUUGCGUCAGUGCUGCGAUACCAGGGAAAGUACGAGGAGGCGGAGCAGAUGAAUCGACGAGCUCUGGAUGCUCGGGAGAAGGUGCUCGGCAGAGAGCAUCCUUCCACGCUCACGAGCGUCAACAAUCUUGCGUGGGUGCUGGGAUACCAGGGAAAGUACGAGGAGGCGGAGCAGAUGAAUCGACGAGCUCUGGAUGCAAGCGAGAAGGCGCUCGGCAGAGAGCAUCCAGACACGCUCACGAGCGUUUACAACCUAGCCUACCUCUUCCACGGACAGACCCGCUUCUCAGAGGCGGCUAAGCUGUAUGAGAGGGCCUGUGACGGUUAUGUGGAAGUUCUCGGAUUUGAUCACCCUACUACGAGAGCCUGUGUGGCUCAUUAUCGUUCUUUAAGGGAAGACAUGGCGAAUAGUGUGCAAAAACAGUAAUCUACACUACAGUACAGCAUCUGUCAAGAAUGAAGUACUUGUAUUUUAUACUUCUGUGCUGGUAUUAAAGCUGGAGUGAAGUGAAUCCCCGCCAAACGCAGGUCUUAUCCACCUGUCGACUUCCAGCCUACUGCCCUGCCGUUG